GCAUCUAUUUCACUUUUUGAAAAUGGUCGCUUCGGGCACGAUUUGCUUGGUUGUGGUGUUGCUUUUUACACAAACCGCAGCUGAAAACGAGAUAUUAAACAGAAUCACAAAGUUAGAAAAAGAAUGCAGUAAGCUAAAUUCAAAUGUCCGCGAUUUGCAAUCAGAAGUCGAAGGGCUGAAAGCGGAAAAUAAAUGGGGAAAGGAGCAACUACAGCAAUUGACGGACGCCAUGUUUACUACAGAAGGUAAACUUCGAACACGCCGACAAGGAAAUGAGGAAACUGAGAUUGCCUUCUUCGCCACGAUCCGAACAUCCCAGCCCCAUCUAGGCCAAGGUCAAACCAUCAUAUUUGACAACGUGGUAACGAACAUCGACUCGUCGAAUUCUGUUGGCGGAUACAACAAAAACACCGGGACAUUUACUGCACCUGUCGAUGGACUGUACGUAUUCUCUGCAACGCUUGUCACAGUUUAUGACCAGUCAAGCCAUGCGAACUUCUUCAAGAACAACCAACGACUCACCAUUAUGUAUUUCCAUGGAAAUGCUAUACAUGAUCAUGACAAAACGUCACAGACAAUUGUCCUUGCCCUCCAACACGCAGACACCAUCUCGAUCAGAGAAACUGAGAACGACAAAAGCUAUUACCCUGAUGACCACUGUUUGUUUUCUGGCUUUCUUCUCAGACAGCACUUUUCUGGUGUAAUUGUUGGGUGAACUUGUCUGUAAUUUUAUUGUAAAUACAAGUACUAGUAUUUCA